AUGGCCCGCGAUGACUUCUAUCUCGACUUUCAAGUCCGGGCGAAACUUUGCACCGAGACAAAUAGCCUCAAUGCUCUUCUGGACGUCAAAGCCGAGGUUAUCAGCACUAUACUCAGCCUGAGCGAGACAUUCGAGAGAACCAAGGCUGAUUUCCUUGAGUUCCAAGCAUUCAUUGAUGCGAUUCUUCUCCCUCUUCCUUACUCUAAGAUAACUUGGAAAACUGUCUACAUCGCGCAAGGUAUUGUGGUAGAUGGUGAUGGGAAUGAAGAGGAUGAGGAUGACGAGGACUUCGAGAUUGAGGACGGCUACUACCCGGAGUGGUUAACAAGCUCGAGUGCCAGCAGCGUGACGUCUGAGGAGCCUAUCAGCGGCUUCAGCAACAUCGAAGCUCCGAUCAUUCUUCAGCCUGCUGAAUUGCCACUUCUUACAACCUACAAGAACGCCUACGGCACCAAGGAGCGCUUGUCGAUCUUCUCGAAUGAGUUCUUUGAAAUUCGCAGAUCCCCUACAGCUGGCUGGGGCGCCUUUGCUGCCAAGAGGCUUCGUCAAGGCGACCAGAUCCUCGUCGAAAAGGCGCUCUAUCACGCCAUUUAUAUGGAUGUGACAAGGUCUGCUAGAUCUUUGCCGGAGAAGGAGCGUCUAAUAGCUAACGAUAUGUUCGGCCAUGACGGUCGGGAAGGAGAGACCCACGAGGAGGCGGUUUGGAACACGAACGCCUUUGCGGCGUAUGUCCCCGUCAUUUCCGGUACUAAGAGGAACUUGCCUGGUCUCUUCGCCAUCGCAGGCCGAUUCAACCACUCCUGCUCGCCCAAGGUUGAUUACAAGUUCCGCGCCAGCCACGAGGCAUUAGUAUUCACUGUCAGAGACUGGGUGAUCGAAGAGGGAGAGGAGCUGACCAUCUCGUACGGUCAAGAUCCGUCUGUGCUCUACUACAAGUACGGGUUCAUUUGCGAGUGCGGACACUGCAGUAAGUUCGACCCGCGCAAGUCUGAAUGGUCCUGAAGCGACAUCAGAUCUUGGUCUUUGGCUACAUCUUUGGCUACAUGAAUUUUGCAUCGAAGGAACAUUUGGACACGAUGAUAUACAGCGGCGGAGCUUUGAUGCGAAGAUGGGUACUUUUUGGCAAGAG